AUGUAAGCUGUAGGAAACAAAAUAUACUACUAUUGCCUCGGUUACACGUCCAUACAUGUCCGUACAUGUCCAGACAUGUGGAGCAGUGAAAACAAUCCCCUCCAUGAUAUUAUUCAACUUGGAAUGUGAUGACCUGUCCUAGACUGACCCCUGUAGUACAAAUGGUAACUACACGUCCAGACAUGUCCAGACAUGUGGAGCAGUGAAAACAAUCCCCUCUAUGAUAUUAUUCAACUUGGAAUGUGAUGUUAAAAUACGAAACUAUUUGUGAAUAGAUGAAAUGUAAUUUCAGCUUCUUAAAUGAGAGAACGGUUUGUCAUAGAGAAACUCUGCUCACUCAGAGGUCCCGCCCAAGUGAACAGACAUUGGUUGUAAACUCUGCUCACUCAGAGGCCCCGCCCAAGUGAACAGACAUUGGUUAUAAACUCUGCUCACUCAGAGGCCCCACCCAAGUGAACAGACAUUGGUUAUAAACUAUAAAACACGCCCUUCUCUCUCCUACUAUAUAAGCCCUGUUAUGAAAAUGUAACCUCCUGUUCCAAGGACAAGAGGACGGUGGUCUUCACUUUAAAAGAACAAGAUCAACAACAGAACUAAGCCAACCUCAGCGUGAGCUCUGGUUGAACGACAAGAACCUACUGAAAUUAGCAUCGAAUUUCAACGUGAAGAUGAUGAUCAACACACCGAAAGGAUGAAUUUCGACUAUACCUUCCAGAAUAUAGCAUGAGCUUAAAGUAUGGCAACUUGGUGUGAACUUUGAACUCUUAAUCACUAAAGAAGUGAUACCUCCUAGCUGUUGCGUUAGCAACCACAGCUGUAAACGUGGGCUGGGAAAGGACGGACAAAGGACCUGUUCUACCAGACGACGACGGUUCUACCAAGUAUACGUUCUACCACCAGACAUUCUUCAAAGGACAACCCGUCCUUCCACCUAUGACCAACCGAUCGAAGCGCAGCUCAGAGGAAAGAAAAUGCAGCGACAAAACCAAAGAGGAAUAACGGAGACCUUUUUCCGCGGGGAGCAUCAGAGUAUAGAAACCUUGAAAAUAGAGACCCCACUAAGUUAUAGACGUCUUAUUUCAAAAGACAUUCCACUGUACCCCAAAGCUGACAGAGCGGAAUUUCACGUGGACAAAGUCUGUCAUGUAACCACUCCAACAGGCCUGACAGGAAUCAUGGAUCUGAGUGGAUUUACAGCAGGGCAAACAGGGGGUUUCACAUGGUGGGCUCUUCACAUUACAGAAGGGGAAAUUGAGGCAGCAGAGAAUCGCUUCCUUGAAAAGGAACAGCUUUCCUUUGACCCAACAACGGGUCAAGAACAAAGACACAAUCCAUUCCUGAAGGAAUUCACCACCUCCCCUGUCUUCCAAAAGGGAUCUCGGUACGGGAACUUUAAGUUGACCUUCCCCUUGGAGGAUCUCAUGCAGAUGUACACAGAGCAGAUCUGUGAGGGAGAGAAGCCUGUCCUGAGAGUCUAUGAAACCGUGGUUUACAAGCAGGAGAUCAUGUACGUUGUGGUUGUCCACGGUCCAGAUGUGACAGAGUUUGAUGAGUACCCACUUCUUGCUGAUGAGAAUGAUGAGGCAAUAUGCAUUUAUAAAGAUGGUCAAAUUGUCUGGCGUGCAGAAGCAAUAUGUGAAACCCAUACAAAGAAGCUGAUCAUCAACAGAGAGAGUGGAACAGUUGAAACAGAAGAACUUGGACGUGGUUUUGAGUAUUUCAUGUGGGACCAUGUGACCCUGGCAUUCCAUCUGCCAGCUGACCGCACCCUCCAAGUUGAAGAGGGAGUAUUAAAGGAGAGACUCCAAGCAUGUGAGGGUAUCAGACCUUUUCUCCAGGAUGAGUGUUUAACACUAGAGGAGGCAGAAGCAGUAGUCAAUGCCAUAAAGAACUCUAUAUAGGGACAGUGCUAGUGACAGUGCUAUAUGGGGACAGUGCUAUAUGGGGACAGUGCUAUAUGGGGACAGUGCUAGUGACAGUGCUAUAUGGGGACAGUGCUAGUGACAGUGCUAUAUGGGGACAGUGCUCGUGACAGUGCUAUAUAGGGACAGUGCUCGUGACAGUGCUAUAUAGGGACAGUGCUCGUGACAGUGCUAUAUGGGGACAGUGCUAGUGACAGUGCUAUAUGGGGACAGUGCUCUUGACAGUGCUAUAUGGGGACAGUGCUAUAUGGGGACAGUGCUCGUGACAGUGCUAUAGGGGGACAGUGCUAGUGACAGUGUGUUAAGGGAUUUUUUUUAUCUAUAAUGACUAAUUAUGUAUACAUUUCAAUCAGGAUGUACUAAUCAGAAUACUAUUAUGUUACUGUAUAUGUACUAAUCAGAAUAAUAUUAUGUUACUGUAUUAUAUUAAAUUAUAUUAAAUUGGUAGGGAGAUGGAUGUGGGAAGGCUGGAGAUACAGCCUUUGUACUGGAACGGAGAUGACACGGGUUGGUGUUUGAGCUAAUGACGUCAUUUUCAGUUUAUAACCUGUGGUAACCUGUAUCAUGGCAGUACUCUCGUGAAUAAAGGCUGCUAUUUGACUUUAA